CAACAACAUGUCAAUAUGGAAUACUAUUUUUAGGAAGGUUGCCACAUUGUUAUCUCGCAUGACCUGUUCUGUCCACUCAUGUCCUAAUUGUGGUUUACAACUAUUAGCUUCGUGAGUGAGACUUUACUAAUAAUAGAACACUAAAAUUGACCCAUUUCUGGCCAUACAUCUGUUUCUAUUAUUAGUCACUCUUUUAAAUAUAAAUACAUCUUCUACUUACAACAUCAGAAUCAACUCGUCAAAUAUUUGUUCAUCUCUUGGUAGUAGGAGGUUGAAGUUGUUCUCUGUAAGUAAUUUAUGUCUUCCAAGCUCCCUAUUUUUUAAUACAGUUUUGUAUAUGGUGUUCUUAUUAACCCGGUUCAUUUGUUUCUCAUGAAGUCUUGUUCGAACUCUUUGUUGAAACACUGCAAUCAUGGCGGGAGAAACGCCUUGCCCAAUUUGCACUCAGCCAUGUAAUUUGUGCAGAUGGUCUACGAGAUCAUCCACGCAGUUCCGUAUAAAAAUGCUGCCUAGAGUGUUUGAAUAUAGUCCUAUUAUUCCUUGCAGUUACAAACAAAAAACUCCAAACUUAUGCCCAUCCAAGAUCUUAAAGGCAAUAGGUCCGCCGGUUAGAGGCUUGGAAGAUGACGACGAUGUCUACACCACGCAUCACAUCAUACUAGAUGAUCAUGGUUCUCACUUUGCCAUGCAUGGACCGUACUAUAAAUCCAUGCUGUCAGAUUUUGAUAUCAAAGUGGGAGAUGUUGUUACUUUAGAUUGGGAUAAAGAUGAGGACAUAUUUAAUAUAUUUGUGCAUUCUUCUACCAGUGAAGAAAAAUUCUGGAUCAGGAUCCCUGGUAAUUUUUACUGAAGUUAAUUUAAUUGUAUUUUUCAUUAACAUUUUUACUUGCUUUUUUAUUUACAAAAAGUGCCUCAAAAUUAAAUAGAGUGCCAGAAUCUACCAAUACAUUGCGAAGAAGCUUUCAGUAAUUGUUACUUCACUGAUGCGGUGGAUAUUUCCGAAGAGGAGAUGAACGCGAUCAUCCAGAAAUUUGAAGAAUUGAUGGAUGAUCGACAUUAUCAUACUCAUGAACCUAAUUUCAUAGUACACAUGCUAGACAAUGACGAAAGAUUCAUCUGGAAAUUCACCACAAAUGCUACCAUUAUAUCAAUUACAUCAAAGAAAUAAUUUGUCUUGAUGAAAAAUACAACAAUGCAAAACAUAAAAUUCAAAGUAAAUAAUCUCGAUUAUUAUAAUCGACAAGCGAACUUGUCUCCCUAAAUACUUAAAACAUUGAGACCAAUGUAACUUGCAUUCGCCACUAAUCUAGUGCAAAUAAAUCUACUCCAUAUAAUCUAUACUCCAUGCAGAAAUCAGCCCAAGUCUCAUGGAAUUUCACCAUGUCGCCAUCUAUAAUUUUGUAAGAACCCUGGAUAGUAUGAUUUUUGUAUGCGUACACGGCAACGCCCUUCCUAGGAAGAUCACCCUCUGACUUGAUAUCAUCCAAUGGAAGUUCCUACACAAAAAUACAAAUUUAAAAAACAUCACGCAAUGAAUGGAUGAAUAAAAGAAGAUUAAAGUAACACAUUUUUAACUACAUGACUAAUUUAAAAUAAAGGGGAAAUUAGGAAUCAUACUAACCCAGCUGAAUCUUUCGUCGUUGUCUAGCCUGUGUACUAUGAAAUUAGGUUCAUGAGUAUGGUAAUAUCGAUCUUCCAUCAAUUUUUCAAUUUUUUGGAUGAUUGCAUUUAUCUCCUCUUCGGAAAUAUCCGCCGCAUCAGUCAAGUAACAAUUACUGAAAGCUUCUUCACAUUGUAUUGCUAGAUUCUGGCACUCUAUUUAAUUUUGAGGUACAUUUUGUAAAUAAACAAGCGAGUAAAUAAAAUGUUAACGAGAAAUACAAUUAAAUUAACUUCAGUAAAAAAUUACCAGGGAUCCUGAUCCAGAAUUUUUCUUUACUGGUAGAAGAAUGCAAAGAUAUAUUAAAUAUGUCCUCAUCUUUGUCCCAAUCUAAAGUAACAACAUCUCCCGCUUUAAUAACAAAAACCGACAACAUGGAUUUACAGUACGGUCCAUGCAUGGCAAAGUGAGAACCACGAUCAUCUAGUAUGAUGUGAUGUGUGGUGUAGACAUCGUCAUCAUCUUCCAAGCCUCUAACCGGCCGACCUAUUGCCUUUAAAAUCUUGGAUGGGCAUAAGUUUUGGAGUCUUUAUUUUUAACUGCAAGGAAUAAUCUACACGAAAAAAUGUCUUUUAAGCCAAGCACACACUUCUUGGAUAGACGAUAAACUAUCUGAGAUAAAGAGAAUAUGGCAACAAAUAGUAAAAAAGUGACCUACAGAACAAUAUUCCUAGGCAGCAUUUUUAUACGAAACUGCGUGGAUGAUCUUGUAGACCGUCUGCACAAAUUACAUGGCUGAGUGCAAAUUGGGCAAGGCGUUUCUCCCGCCAUGAUUGCAGCGUUUCAACAAUGAGUUCGAACAAGACUUCAUGAGAAACAAAUGAACCGGAUUAAUAAAAGACCAUAUACAAAACUAUAUUAAAAAAUAGGAAGCUUGGAAGACACAACUUACUUACAGGGAACAACUUCGCUCUCCUACUACCAGCACUUGUGCUUAAAAAAACCCUAAAAUGUUCGCCCCGGCUAAGCUCACUUCUGCUACAGAUUUUAAUUAUUCUGGUGUGUACUAGAUCAAAUCAUCACACAAGUGGAGCUACUUGUCACGUUUUUAUUUAUUUAGACUGAUUGAUACAAGGGAUGGUUUGUCAACUUGCAACUCAAAAAUAUUUACCAACUUUUUUCUCUCCAUAUUGUAGUACUCGCCUUUUUUUGGAAGAAUCUUAAUUCUCACCUACCGUGGUUAUCCUGGCUGCACCUUUCAGCCAUCACAAUCGUCAUACUCACGCAUAUCUCCCAUAUCUUCAUCUCUUUCGUUUCUGUUCAAUCCAGCAGGGUAGCUGAGAAUACAGCCUGACCUUCUUAAGCGUCUCUUCUACUUGGAUGCUUUCUGAGAAGGUAGCUGCUGCAUCCCUACAGCUGAUCCAAGGCAGUGCUUCAGCUUUCUGUUGAGAACUUGUUUCCAUAUCCUCCAGAGUUAAGAACAAACGAUAAAGUGAAACUUCAGAGCUCGAUUCGUUGUAUACAAUUUGUUCCAACUGAUUCAGUUGAGAUAUUAGAUGAUCACCAAAACCCCUCCGGAAGGUGAUUUUUGUCUAUCCUCUGUUCCAGAUAUGGGCUAGAGUGGAGCUAUGUUCAUUACACACAAAAUAAACCUCCUAAAGUGAAGAGCAAGGCUAGUGCCUUCAAACCAAUGAUAUUCCCAGAACUUGCAGAUUGUUUUUUUUUUGACACACCAAAACUUCACAGAUUUACAAUUACCUACUACCCAUUGAUAUUCAAAGUGUGCAGCUUUUCAUGCCCAUGUAACCCCUUUCUGAUAAAGGUGACAUCUGAUCAUCAUUACAGGCAAAAAUGUUACGUCUAUGGACACUGCAUUUACAUUGGAUAAUCUGCUUCGAUAUCUUGUGAUCAUCCAGCUGGUACCUUCUGAUACAUGAGGCUAGCAGAAAUAUUAAGGUCUCUGAGAUUGGGUUUACCAAAACAACAAUUGUUCUAUUACUGUCCCUGACUCUCCCGUGGAGCUGGAAAUCUAGAUUGUGCUCAUGCAUUUAUCUUUUUUUUCACAAGCCUUUCUGUUUAGUUUUGCAUCUCACCAUCAACUCUGCCAGCAAUAUGUUUAAGAUAAGAUUUUACAAUAGAAAACUAUUGCCGUUCAGUUUGACGAGUGAUUUUUUUUUUUUUGCAUCUCUUUAGUGCAGGGUUUGAUCACUGAGCUGAAGCACCUGCCAACUUCAAUUGGAAGAGGGAGAACACUUUCUGCCCUUCUUAACUUCUCUCUGCCUUGUCAGGAAGAAUUUGUUAACCAUCCAAUGGAAAUGGUAUGCAGAAGUUGCGGUUUUGAAUACAAAGAAGUAACUGGCAAACAAUUCAUGUUUAGUUGCUUUGUUAUAUUUAACUGGACUUAUUUUGUGUACAGAGAUACUUCUGAACAUGUGUGUAUAGUGUUUAUCCAUUACCUACUUCUGAGCAAUGUCAUUUUGUUUUCCAUAUUUCAGGUUGGCCCCCUUUUUGCUCUAAUCAAGGCUGAGGUUCCUUGGUCAGCCCGAAGAGGCAAUCUUUCGGAGAAAGAGAGAGUCCUGAAAAAAGUGAAAGGUAUAUUGAACAAACUGACGCUAGAGAAAUUUGAGCUACUCAAGGGGCAACUGCUGGAUACUCGAAUUACUACAGCUGAUAUGUUGAAGGAUGUUACGUCUCUCAUAUUUAGGAAGACUGUUUCUGAGCCCACCUUCUGUUCCAUGUAUGCUCAACUUUGUUAUGAAGUCCAUGACUACCUCCCGUCAUUCCCUGCUGAAGAACCAGGAGGAAGAAAUAUUAUAUUCAGACGUCUGCUCUUGAACAAUUGUCAGCAAGUUUUUGAAGAUCCUGAUAGCCUAAGGGUGGAGAUUGCAAGACUGAUUGGCCCUGACCAAGUGAUGGAAAGAGGGGAUCAGGACAUGAUUUUCAAACUUAUAACACUUGGAAAUAUUCGUCUAAUUGGUGAGCUAAUGAAGUCAAGGAUGGUUCCUGAGAAGAUAGUUCAUCACAUUAUCAAGGAAUUACUAGGGUCUGAUAAAAAGGCUUGCCCUGAUGAGGAACACAUCGAAGCCCUCUGUCAGUUCUUCAAUACGGUUGGUAAACAUCUUGAUGAGAACCCAGGGUCUUGCCGAAUGAAUGAUACCUACUUCAUCCAGAUUAAGGAUCGAGUAGCAAACCCUGAGUUGACUCCACGCUCAAAGUUCAUGCUUCUCGAUUUGAUUGCUCUCCGUUCUAACAACUGGGCGCCUCGACGUGGGGAGGUAGGGGAUGUUCCUUGUGACAUUUGGCAUUGGCAAGAUGCGUCCACGAACUAUUUGUCAAACCUCGGCCACAUCAGAGCAGAGACGGAGAAGUUGGGGUCAGAGAUGAAGAGGAUUGCACUUGAGGGACAGCAGAAGCAAACCUGUAAGCUAAGCGAUGAAGACAUGAAGAUCACAAGGAUGACUAUGUUGCUCACUGCUUUGUUACAAGAUAACAAGGAUUGCAAGAAUGAGAUACUUAAGGUGUUGAAGCUGGCAGUGGCAAUUCAAUUUGCAAUUCUUUGUGUAUGUGUUGUAGGUGUGAUGAAGAAGUGAACACUGAAUCGUUUCAAAUAAUGUACUGUGAUCAUAUUAUAAACAUUGGACUGUGAUCAUAUUAUAAACAUUGGACUGAUGAUGUUUGGAAA